UGCCUGCGUCUGGAAAUGAAGACCCGGUGGACAUGGACGUGGACGCGGAGGAAGGGCAGAGAGAUGGCGAGCAUGUAGAUGCUACUGGUGGCGAAAGUGAAGAUGCUACUGUCACCGUGUCGGUGCCUGGUGCUGGUGGUAGUAAGAAGUCGCGCUGUACUGCGGAGUCGGGGGCUUCGAAGAGCAACCCAGCCAAGGCGAAAGAAACCACUACUCAACGCAAGAAAGCAGCUUCAACCUCCACGACCACUGCCAGCACGAAGUCGAAGGCCAUCGCGAACAAGCCGAAGACCGUGGCCAAGAAGUCGGAGAAGACUCGGGGAAACAAAAAGAAACAGUGAGUCGCACUCGCGCCUGGGUGUGAGUGUGGAUGAAGAAAAUGAAGAAAAUGUAAAUGAAAGUUUCGAUUUUAUUUUUAUAGGGAAGUAUUAUUACAUGUUACAGACUACUCCUUCGAACCAGAUCUCUAGCGAGGAAAAGAGACGAAAUAUUGAUCGGAGGGAUUUCCACUUUUUUCUAGUGAGAGAGAAUAAGAAGGUCUAA